CACUCUCAACUCCGUCUCCUGGGACAUGACUACUUCGACUCCUGGGGGUUAGUCACAGCUUGCCUUCAACUCCGGAUUUAGGGAGUUUAGCAGUUUGACCAGCAGCUACUCCCUGGGGGUCGAGCUCUUGGGAGGGAAAGGGACUGUGUACCUUUAAGGGGCUGGUCCUCCGGGAGCGCGGGGGUUUGUUGGCUGCGGUUUCCUUCCAUUGAAGAUCCCAAAUUCUUCUGUUUUGGACUAGUCAGCCGGUGGCCUCAGCGUGUCGCGGUGGGAGCUUGAGUCGUCGAGGAGCCCUCUGGGGACGUUGCUCCUGGGCCCAGCCUUGCCCAGGACACCCUGGCACUGCCACCAUCCUGGGCUGUGAUGGGCCUGCUGUUCCUUUUUCUGCCGUUCCUGCUUUCCUGUGUUUCUGGACUGCCCUUCUACAAUGGCUUCUACUAUGCCAACAGUCUCUACAGCAGGCCCCCUGGCAACGGUCAUGGGGAAGGCUUGUUCAAUGGAGUGAAGUUGGUGGUAGAGACACCUGAGGAGGUCCUGUUCAGUCACCAGGGGGCCAGUGUGACCCUGCCCUGUCACUAUCACUACGAGCCAGCCCUGGCCUCCCCACGGCCCUUACGCAUCAAGUGGUGGAAGCUGUCAGAGAAUGGGGCCCCGGAGCAGGAUGUGCUAGUGGCCAUUGGACAGAGGCACCGCUCCUUUGGAGACUACCAAGGUCGUGUGCAUCUGCAGCAGAGCAAGGAAGGGGAAGUCUCGCUGGAGCUCAGGGACCUGCAGCUGGAGGACUCUGGGCGCUACCGCUGUGAGGUCAUUGAUGGGCUGGAAGACGAGAGUGGCCUGGUGGACCUGGAGCUGCGGGGUGUGGUCUUUCCCUACCAGUCUCACCAGGGGCGCUACCAGCUCAACUUCCAUGAGGCCCAACAGGCGUGCCUGGAGCAGGAUGCUGUGGUGGCCUCUUUUGAGCAGCUCUUCAGGGCUUGGGAGGAGGGGCUGGACUGGUGCAAUGCUGGCUGGCUUCAAGAUGGUUCGGUGCAGUACCCCAUAGCGUUGCCGCGGCAGCCCUGCGGAGGCCUGGGCCUGGCGCCUGGAGUUCGCAGCUAUGGCCAUCGCCACCACCGCCUGCAUCGCUAUGACGUGUUCUGCUUCACUGCUGCCCUCAAAGGACAGGUAUACUACCUGGAGCACCCCAAGAAGCUGACACUGCUUGAGGCCAGGGAGGCCUGCCAGGAAGAUGGCUCGCAGAUUGCCACAGUGGGCCAGCUCUUUGCUGCCUGGAAGUUCCGUGGUCUGGAUCACUGUGAUGCUGGCUGGUUGGCAGAUGGAAGUGCCCGCUACCCCAUAGUUCACCCUCAUCUCAACUGUGGGCCCCCGGAGCCUGGGGUCCGGACUUUUGGUUUUCCAGACCCACAAACCCGCUAUGGUGUUUACUGCUACAGCCAGCACUAGGCAGGCUAGCCAGCUCUACUGGUCCCACCUCCUGCCCUCUUGGGCUGAGUAUUUGUUAGGUGGGUCAUUGCCCCUUGUGGGUUAGGGCAAUGCUAAUAGUAUUUUAUACUUCUCAAUUUAAAUGUUUUUUUAAGGUACUGUUUUUUACAGAUCCAGCUCCCAAUUCCUUUGACAUCCCUCUGUGGGAUAUUUGGGGUCCACUGACUUUUAGAGGCAUUCCUAUCUCCCGGUACAGCUGGUCUCCCUGCCCCGAGGAUGCUGGUGCCCAGCACAGGCAAUGGCCAGCUCAGGGUCCACAGGAGUCAAGAUGUGGUGACUGCACCUAGCUCUCCCUUCCCUUGGUUUACAGGAGGCAGGAGGCUGGGGUUUGGCUUUUUUAAAAUUCCUGAAUAGGGUCCCUAGACUUGUCGUUCAAGUCUGAGGGAAGGGAGAUCUUUCUUGACCUUCUCUCCUCCUCUCUUGGUUCCAAAGAGUCUGAAUUUCCUUCCAUGCCCCCUGCUUGGGAAUGACCAUCUGGGUAUGUAUACCUUAUUUGGGCAAUAAAUGGUGCUUUGCCCCUCCCCCGACCCCUUUCCUUUCCAGUCUAUCCCUGUAUCUGACUUUUUGUCUCCUUCAGUCUUAGGGACUGUCUCCCAGCCCAGGGUAUGUGUGAGGUCACUUCUGUCCCUGGGCUGCCUCUGCAGGCUGGCUUGCUUCUGGUCUUGUGUGCCCUAUGGCAUACUCUGCCUCAGGUGCUGGCUCAGCUUCUGGAGGCCUGGCUGUCAUCUUCAGCAUCUCCACCCCAUGACGGUGCAUCCUUGAGGCACUCCAUUGAAGAGUGGGAAGUGCCUCAAGAGAGGGAAGAGGAAGCUAUACCCUCCAGUGGGUCUCAGAGACUGAGGAUCUGAGGGGUGUCUUUUUAAAAUUUUUAUUUUAUGAGUGUUUUGCAUGCAUGUACCUGUGUGUGCAAUGCCUGCAGAAGCCAGAGGAGGGAAUCAGAUGCCCUGGAACUGGAAUUAGGGAAGGUUGUUAGCUGUUAUGUGGGUGCUGAGACUAGAACCUGGGUCUUCUGCAAGAGCAGCCAGUGCUCUUAACUGCUGAGCCAUCUCUCCAGCCCCGCAAGGGGUAUCUUUGUUCCUCACCCUAGUACCAUUCAGAAAACCAGACAUGCACUUCACACAAGCAUGGUUGUAUGCCCGGUGCUUACCAAUCAGGUGUUUUUCAUUUUGUUUCCUUAUUUUAGAAGUUUUUUGUUUAAGCGUGUGUAUGUACGUGUGUACAUGUGACUGCAAGUGCCCACAGAGGCCAGAAUAAUGUGUUGGAGCCCCUGGAGGUAAAGUUACAAGCAGUAUGAGUCUUCUGACAUGCAUGCUGGGAACUGAACUCCAGUCUUCUGCAAGAACAGCAAGUUCUUUUUAAAAAAUUUUUUUUAAUUAAUUAUUAAAAUUAAUCUUAUGUGUGUAUUGCCUGCAUGUAGGU